AUGUUGGGACUCGAGUCAGUCCUUACGGACCCAUGGUUUCCGGAGAAGGACCACCGGUCAGAAGGAUGGUUCCUCACCGGCAAUCUAUGGCCACUGGCGAGCCUAGUGGCGCUCUACGUGUACGGCGUCAAAGUAGUAGGCCCCCGCAUGAUGAAGCACAGGAAGCCCUUCGAGAUUCAGCGGAUGGUGCUAUUAUACAACCUCUUCAUGGUCUUGAACUGUGCCUUCUUCCUGGAAGAGUUCGUGCGACUGGCCUACGUUCAUAACGGCUACAACCUGCUGCUGCAGGAGGUGGACAAGUCGGAGACUCCCGCCACCAUGCGGCUAGUCUCUCUGUCCUGGUGGUACUACCUGUUCAGGAUCUUUGAGUUCACGGAGACUGUGUUCUUCGUGCUCAAAAAGAAGAACAACCAGGUGAGCGGGCUGCACGUGACCCACCACUGCAUCAUCGCCUGGAACAUGUGGAUCUGCGUGACGUACGGCGGCCAGGCGCAGACGCUCUUCGUGACGUGCAUGAACACCUUCGUGCACCUGCUCAUGUACUCGUAUUACUUCCUAUCGGCCCUGGGCCCCCGGGUGCAGCCGUUCCUCUGGUGGAAGCGCUACCUUACCCAAAUCCAGCUGGCCCAGUUCAUCGUGCUCAUGCUGCACAACAGCCUGCCGCUCUUCUUCGAGGGCCAAUUUGUGCGCGAGUUCUCGGUCAUCCUGGUGUUCGAGGGACUCGUCUUCUUCGUCUGGUUCAUGAUCUUCUACUUCGACACGUACCGCAAGAAGAAGAGCGUCAUGCUCUUCGAGUGCCACAAGUUGGACUGA